AUGGACGUUAAAAGUAGUACUAUAUACAAUUUUCCAAAUUCUUCCUCUUAUAAUAGCCAACGACUUCAUUCAGAUGAUAUUUCUAACGAAAAUGAGACUGUUUCAGGCAACGAUAUUGUAAUAAAACAACAUAUGAAAAAGAUGGUUGGUGGCGAUUUUAAAGCUUUUUCUCCAAUAACGCCUGUCAAGGCUUGUUCGCCAAUAACAUCGACUCCAAAAUCCACAAGGUCAUCGUUCCGUUCGUCUUCGACAUUGCGUCGUCAGCAAGGUAGUCGUCAACGGCAAGAUGUCAUUCCUGAGGGCGCCGCAAUCACUGAUGUUCAGCUUCUACAGCUUAUUCAAGCUCAGAGAGAUCUGAUGGAUCAGGCUGCUGCCGCUAUUGCAUUUUGUAAGAAAAAGUAUUCGUACAGUGGUAAUUUACAGGAGGUGCAUUUAACUGAUUUUUCUAAUUUUUGUUCUCUUUUUCAGCUCAUAUCUCAGCGCAUUUUGUUGGUUUCUCAAGAGCGUCUAAUUAUGUUCAACCGCAAAUUGGACGAGUUAAAAGAUCAUCGUUUUCUUCCCAAUUUCACUCCGCAGUUGGAUGAUAUUCCUGAAAGCGUUGAUUUGGAAACUGAAGAUGGUACGACUGAAGACUUUGGAGGCACUGCCUCUGUCAAUGGUGGCACAGCAAGUUUUGCUUGUCGACAUUCGCCAACUUAUACGCUUUUCAUUGAAAAAUUUGUACUUCAUUUGAAUCCAUCCUUCAGCAUGAAAAAGAUUGACAAAGACUCUUCGUAUGCAUUUAUAAUACUUUGCCGUUAUUCUGAUUAUAUUCACGCUACUCAAAUUUCCAGCAUGUUAGACAUUGGAGAGUUGCGCAACAACAAAGUCAAAAUAAGAGAGCUUAUUGCAUUUGAGGAGUUACCGGCCGAUUUUUGCAUUAUGGUCGAGGUAUUUGCUCUUCGACUUGGCAAGCGAUGGGAUCACAAAUGGCAGUCUGUUUGGGACUUGGCAGCUAGAACAUUCAGAAGUAUUCGACGCAUUUUCUCAUCCAGAGGCAAUAAUAAUGACCAAGUACAGUCAGCAAGUAAUGGUGUUAAAGGCGCAUCAUUCUCUGCCUCGUCCGUUCUCAUGCAACCGACUGCGCCGAUUAGCUCCGAUUUUCAACGCUGUGGAUAUUUACAUCUGAAUCGCGAUUCACUCUCACUUGGAAAAGAAAAGUUUUAUUUGAUUGAUGCGGAUUAUCCACUUGAAGGAAGCAUUGAGGUAUGCGCUCAUUAUACAUCCAGGAACAUGCCAGUAACUGACUGGCCAGACACGGAUCGUGAUAUUGGAGCUGGUGGUAUGGCAGCUUUCAGUGGUACUAACAGCCCAAUUUAA